GGGCGACAGGACUAGGGUUUCCAGCCGGUGCACAGCGUGCGCCCUGCAGUCGCACUCGCAGACGCUCGGAGCCUCGCGGGAGCCCCGGUCGCUGCUGUUGGGCGUCCACGGCCCGCUCCGCUCUCCACGCAAGUGCUUCUCGAGUCUCCUGCCCGGCCAUGUCGUCCAGCAGCCGCGUGGCGCUCGUGACCGGGGGCAACAAGGGCAUCGGCUUCGCCAUCACGCGGGACCUGUGCCGCCGGUUCUCGGGGGACGUGGUGCUCACGGCGCGGGACGCGGCGCGGGGCCGGGCGGCGGUGCAGCAGCUGCAGGCCGAGGGCCUGAGGCCGCGCUUCCACCAGCUGGACAUCAACGACCUGCAGAGCAUCCGCGCCCUGCGCGACUUCCUGCGCAAGGAGUACGGGGGCCUGGACGUGCUGGUCAACAACGCGGGCAUCGCCUUCAAGGUGAAUGAUCCCACACCAUUUCAUAUUCAAGCAGAAGUGACGAUGAAAACAAACUUUUUUGGUACCCGAGACGUCAGCACGGAGCUGCUGCCUCUCAUGAAACCCCAAGGCAGAGUGGUGAAUGUGUCCAGCAUGGUGAGUCUCAGAGCUCUGAAAAACUGCAGCCCGGAGCUGCAGCAGAAGUUCAGAAGCGACACCAUCAGCGAGGAGGAGCUGGUGGGGCUCAUGAACAAGUUCGUGGAAGAUACUCGAAACGGGGUGCACCAGAGGGAGGGCUGGCCCAACAGCACGUACGGCGUCACGAAAAUCGGCGUCACCGUCCUGUCCAGGAUCCACGCCAGGAACCUGAGUGCGCACAGGAGAGGGGACAAGAUCCUCCUGAAUGCCUGCUGCCCAGGGUGGGUGAGAACCGACAUGGCCGGCCCUAAAGCCACCAAGAGCCCAGAAGAGGGUGCGGAGACCCCUGUGUUCCUGGCCCUUUUGCCCUCAGAUGCUGAGGGGCCUCACGGACAGUUUGUUAUGGAGAAAAAGGUGGAACCAUGGUGAGCUCCCCUCACAGCCCCCUCCGUGGGCCCCAUUGUGUUAUCUGUCCUGAAAUGACCAAAGGGACAUGCACACCGUCACAUCAUUUCUAUCCAAAUAUAUGUAUUGUUCACGUGAGAAUCAUUCACACCUGUGAAGAAUUUUUGUGAGUUUAUUUGAGCCAAACUGUUGACAAAUGCUGGGAAACAGAAUCUCAGGGGAUAGGGAUAAUGCUCCAGAGAAGGACAGUUUUUUACCUGGUUUUAUACAUUAGAACCAAAAGAGGAGACCUAAGAGGGUUACACAGAAUCCCCUGGUGAUAGAUUAGGGAGGUGGGGAAACCUCUGGGAUUGGAUAAAAAGUAAGAUGAUAGACACGUACUUCUCUAACGUAGGUGGGUGCAGGAUAGCUAACAGUCAACAAUUAGCUCGCUAACAGUGAGGGGGUUUGUAGCCUCUGCAGAGCAGUGCCUGUCCUUUGAAGGGUCCAGAAAAAAAGAAAAUUACUUUGACAUUCCAACGAUAUGUCAUUGUCGCCGCAAAAAGGCAAUAGACACGCUGGGCUUCUGGUUUCCUUCAGGACACAGCUCCCUCGAAACCUUAGUGGUUCCAGAAUACAGGUGUCCCCUCCCCACCCAAAACCUACACCAGUUCCUGACAACCACAUAGGCAGUGCCAAGACACUAACCAGGGGCCUGCCGUUCACAUCCUAGAUGGGUAAAUAGUGAAUCCCACUUUAUCCAUCUGACUCAAAGCCCAGCCAACUCCCAAAAUAUCACCUGCACUCAACCAAAAGUCUACCUGUAAGUAACAGUCCGUCGUGUUAGGUUAUCGGAUGUUUAACACUGCCCUUCCUAACCGCAUGGCUCCUAAAUAUAUUCUUUUUCUUUGGACUGGC